AGUGGGAGUGGGUUGGAACUUAGAUGUACAUACAUAGAUACAUACAGAUAGUGUCAAUAUAUAAAGCGAGGAAGGAGAGUUGGAUUUGUCAAAAAAAAAAAAGGGCUACUGUUUAGGAACUUGAACCAAUAAGAAGCUGCUCAGCUUGGCCAUGGUUUUCCUCACAUAACCACUUCUUUAUUUAUUACUUCUGAAAGCUCUACUCUCAUUGGCUUCUAGGAUCUGCUCCUCCAACUCCACCACCAUCUUACUUAAUUUCCCAACUCCACCACCACUUCCUCUCACUCCUCCUCCUCCUCAACUGCUCUUGAUUUCAUCAUCUUUGCAAAUGAAGUUCUUCAGUUGGGUGCAAAAUAAAAUCAAUGGGGGGCAAGGGAAUAGAAAAACGAAUUCAGUUUCUGCUACUAAUCAUAGAAAGCAAGAACCACCAAAAGAAGAGUUCAGCGACUGGCCACAGGGCCUCCUAGCAAUCGGAACAUUCGGAAAUCAAAACCCUCCCAAACAAAACCCAGAAACCAGUCAUCAAAAUCAACAAAUCCCAUCUUCCCCAGAAAACGAUUUAUCAGAUUUCACUCCCGAAGAAGUCGGACAACUCCAAAAGGAACUAACCAAGCUUUUGCGAAGAAAACCCAAAAUCGAAGUAGAAAACAAUUCAGAUCUCCCUUUAGACAGAUUUCUCAACUGUCCUUCCAGUUUGGAAGUCGAUCGUCGAAUUUCUACAACAAUUUGUGCCAAUACGGACGGUAGAGAUCAGGAUCGGGAUCAUAAUGAUGAUGAUAUAGACCGGACAAUUAGAGUUAUAAUUGAUAGGUGCAAAGAUGUUUGUAUGGAAAGAAAUAAAAAGGCGAUUGGGAAGAAAUCGAUUUCUUUUCUUCUUAAGAAGAUGUUUGUUUGCAGAAGUGGGUUUGCUCCCGCUCCCAGCUCGAGAGAUACCCUUCAAGAGUCCAGAAUGGAGAAGCUUUUGAGGACAAUGCUUACAAAGAAGAUGUACCCUCAAAAUACAUCUCGAGCAUCUUCAAUGAAGAAAUAUUUGCAGGAUGGACAGUCUUCAAAGACUAAUAAUAAUACUAAUAAAGAAGAAGAAGAAGAAACACACAUAGCAAAUGAUCGAUCUAAAUGGGUCAAAACCGAUUCUGAAUAUAUUGUUCUAGAGAUCUAGAUAUGGUUCCAUCAUAACAUUUGAUAAAUUGCAUAUAAGAGACACACUCUUGUUUUCUUGAGCUCCACCAAAAUAAAGAGAGAGGUAUUGGAACACUCCUACAUAUAUAUUAUUGGGAUCAUGGCAAAAGUUGAAGUACUUUCCAAGGGAAAAAAUGGUGACCAAUAUAUAUACAUUUGAAGCAAUUUCUUUCUUUUGUGGAUUGUAUUGCCCCAUCUUUUUUUCGGAAUUGCAAAUUAGUAAAAAAUAGAAAAAUCAAUUGUAAAAUAUAGACAUGCAAGUGAGAUUUGUACUCUGAGUGAGAUUUGUGUACUCUAGAGUAAUUAGAACACAGAAGAGUCACUUACAUUUUCGUACUUUUACAAUUAUUGUCUCUACUUCUUGAUUUGCAAUUUUCUCAUCUUUUUUCAUGGUUGUAUCUGUUUUGUAAUAUGUGAUUUGGUACAACACAUGUUAUGUAAUAUUAUUAUUAUUAUUAUUAUUAU